AUGGCGGAGAUGUUUACCGCGGAUGCUCCCCACCUGCUGCCUUAUCUCAACCCCGCAGUUUCUGUCGGCUUGUAUACAUUUUCGACGCCAAUAGUUCCGAGGAGGCCGGAUUCUACCUCCCUGUUGAGCAUCGCUGGUCUCGCUAGCCAGGCUAUGGUACACGUUAUCCUGGCUGUGUCCUGGGCUCUGAUGGUCAGACCUCGGUUGGAUCAAAUUUUGACCUUCGUGUGGCCUGCUCUUAUUAUGUCAUAUAACUUCUUCUGGUGGCCUAUGGUGGAUAAUACAGUUUUUGCUGUAUUGCAGGGGAGGUUGCUUUGGAAGGCGUGCAGAGAAAAGAAGGUCGUCGCCAGUGAAGAUCGGCAUGAAUGGCUGGAUGGAGAUGAAAAGGCAGAGUUACCAGGGACGGUGUGA